AUGGACACGGUGAGAACGAUCAUUGCAUUGGCAGCACAAAAUGGUUGGAAGAUUUUUCAGUUGGAUGUCAAGUCAGCAUUCCUUCAUGGAGAGCUAAGUGAAAAUGUUUAUGUUGAGCAACCAAGGGGUUACGAGAAGAAAGGCAAGGAGCAUUUGGUCUACAAGCUACACAAGGCUUUGUAUGGAUUAAAACAAGCUCCACGAGCUUGGUUUAGUGAGAUCGAAGCACAUUUCAUCAAUGAAGGCUUCCAGAGGUGUGACAUGAUGAGGAUAUGA